AAAAGCUGUGUGUAUCUCAACCCCAUAAAGGCAUUAUCAAUUUGCUUUCUCUCCUCUCUCAACAACCGAGAAAAAAAGGAGAGGGAAUUUAGCAUCAAAUAUGGGAGGCUGCGCUAGUGUACCAAAGGACUUGAAGGAUGAGGUUGGCUCCGCCCCAGCACCCGAGCCUCCCAUGGAGGAAACCGCGGAGAACAAUGAAGCUGUGAAGGUUGAGCUAGAGGCCGUAGAAAAGGUUGAAGAAGAAAAUGCUGAGAAGAGUGACGAUUAUAAGAAGUCCCUUGGAUCAUUGCUUAAUGAGAAUGAAGUACAGAUGGAAACAACAAGCGAAAGCAAGGAAGAGGAAGUUCCAUGCAAGCAAAACGAAGAACAAGCAGCAACUGAGGCUCCUGCGGCUGAAUCAGAGAAAGAACAAAUCAAGAAUGCUGAGGAAAAGGCUACAGGAGAAAAGAAAGAAGACAUUUAGGAAUUAUACUUGGAGAGCCAUGGAUGUUUAGAAAUAAAUUUAAAGAAACACUUGUUUUCCCAGCUUCUGCCACACUUGCGGGUGUAUAUUUUUAUAAACAACACCGAGAGUUGUUUAUUUCUUCAAUUAUAUUAAAUCCCUUUUUUUUUC